CUUCGUCUAAGUUACAAUCUAUACCGCUGAUAAUGAAAAUCUGACCCGCGGCAUUUUGUCGGUGCGCCACUUCCUGCAAAUGUUUCGAAAGUUAAUUUUCGAGCCCAAUAAGCUUUUUCAGAAUGUUAAGUGCGUUCGCACUUUGAAAGUUCAUGAAUAUUCGGCAAUGGAAUUGCUAAAAAAGUACGAAAUACCUGUUCCAAAGUUUGUAGUUGUUCGGAAUGUGGAUGAGGUCAGAGCUACUUGUAAAGAAUUCGUUUUAUUCCUUUUACUUUCCCACAAUAUUACAAUUCGGUUUUAUGAAACAUAUGUCUUGGCAUACUAUUGUACUAAACAGUCUCUCAAGCGCUAUUAAUAGAGUCUUGUUUCUUCGUUAUGGUCCAUGAUGGAUGAGAUUUCGCACACAGCUUUGAUUUAGUUUGUAAUGUCCAUCAUAAAUUAUGAAUUCUGCAGAAAAAUCGACUUUAAUUCACGUGUAUUACGAUUUAAAAAUACAUCACAUCUGCUUGUUUGUCGUCUAAUACAAAAAUCCUGUUCAGUAUUUUCCCCUAUUUCUCAUGUAUCCUUUUUUUAUUCAGGCAUUUUACCUGAAAGUGAAUUAGAAAAUUCAGGUGAGACUACAGAGAGCACAGAUAUGGUGUUGAAAGCACAAGUGUUAGCUGGUGGCCGUGGUAAAGGUAUUUGGGAUAGCGGAUUAAAAGGUGGAGUUAAAAUUGUAUACAAUGUAGAAGAAGCCGUAAAUGUAGCUAAUCACAUGCUUGGUCAUCGAAUCUACACUGCACAAACCGGUGACACCGGCCAAUUAUGCAAUACAUUAUUAGCAUGUGAACGUAAAUAUUCUCGACGUGAACAUUAUCUAGCUAUUGUCCUAGAUCGUUCUAGUGGUGGACCGGUAAUGAUUGGUUGUCAACAGGGUGGUGUAAAUAUUGAAGAUAUAGCACGUGAUAACCCAGAUGCUUUAAUUAAAAUUCCAGUUGAUAUUAACAAAGGUUUAAAUAAAAAAGAUGCUUUAUUUAUGGCGCACAAAUUAGGUUUUACACAUCCAGAUGAAGCAGCUGUAUACAUUGAACGACUUUAUAAACUCUUUGAUUCAUCCGAUUGUACACUGUUAGAAAUUAAUCCAAUUUCUCAAGAUAUAAAUGGAAAAGUUGUUUGUAUGGAUUGUAAAAUGAAUUUCGAUGAUAAUGCUGCAUUUCGACAGAAAGAGAUUUUUGCACAACGUGAUUGGUCACAAGAAGAUGAACGUGAUGUAAAAGCAUCAAAGGCUGGAUUAAAUUAUAUUGGUUUAGAUGGAAAUAUUGGUUGUUUAGUUAACGGAGCUGGUUUAGCUAUGGCUACUAUGGAUUUAAUUCAAUUGCAUGGUGGUAAUCCGGCGAAUUUUCUUGAUAUUGGAGGUGGAGCGACAGCUGCUCAAGUGACUGAAGCUUUUCGUUUAAUCGUAUCUGAUUCGAAGGUCAAUGCUAUACUAGUAAAUAUUUUCGGUGGUAUUAUGCGUUGUGAUGUGAUUGCACAAGGUAUUGUAACAGCUGCUACAGAAUUAAACAUAAAAGUACCAAUUGUUGUACGACUUCAAGGGACUAGAGUUGAAGACGCUAAAGCAAUUCUUGCUACAAGUCAUAUGAAAAUUCUAGGUUGUAGUGAUUUAGAUGAAGCUGCUCAAAUGUCUGUUAAACUCGCUAAUAUUGUUCAUUUGGCUCGUGAAGCUGCUAUAAAUGUGAAAUUCGAACUGCCUUAUUAAUUAAUAAUGUGAUUAUAGUAAUAUUAUUAUAAUAAGCAAACAUGAAUAGUUCGAAGGAAUGGGGGCAUCACGUUAUAUUGAAUGGUGAUGAAUCCAGUAGUUCGGUUUAUACUAUUAUUAUUAUCGUUAUUACUAUCACUAUUAUUGUUAUUAUUAUUAUUAUUACUAUUAUUAUUAUUAUCAUUAUUAUUAUAACUUACUUUCGAAAGAUAACAGUCAUUGCGUGGUCUAUUCAAUUCUGUUUUGUCAUAUCCGCUGAAGCUCAGCUCAACGACACCACCCACAUCACCCCCCCACACACACACAGUUUAUUUUACAUUGAAAACAAAGAGUAUACAAAAAUUCAUUUUCAAAGUAUAAAAAUGCUAGUAUACCUACCAUACAACUAUUUUGCCAGAAGAAAAAAGAUGAAUUCAAAUCUUUAUUUCACUUAAAAUAUCGUUUAUCUCUAUUAUUUUUCUUAUAUUUCAUCGUUAUUCACUAUUAGUUACAUAUACUACUAUUUGUUGUCCUGUGAUAGUAGUAAUAAAUGGUAUUGCUCGGAGAUAAUUCAUGUUUGAAUUUCUUUUCAUUUCUUUGUAUUCGUUUAUACACCUACAAUCAAGCGUGUAUACGUAUCCGCGUACAGAGGGAAGUGGUUACUUCAGUUUUCUUUUUUCUCUUACUCUUUCAUUUGCACACCGUCCAGAUUCAUCCCCACAGGGACACUGUCAUCCAUAUUUCAACUGUUGACUUUUCGAAGGUUUUGAUGAAUUUUUAAGAGAGACCAUGUAACAUUAUUUGAUAGUCCGUCUUCAAAUAUCUUUAAGAAUAUUAGCUAGAUUAAUAUAUUAGCAGGGAUAUGAGGAUCAAAUAUAUUUCUUUCAGAUCUUCUUUCAUUUAAUCAUCCCGGUUUACAUGAAUAACAUAUACUCGCUAAGGUUUUGAACGUCAAUUGACGGUAUGUCAAAAACAAACCGGAGUAAAGUUAAUUCAUCCAAUGAGUUUGACAAACCGGGAAGCCUAGAAAGGUGCGGCGUAAUUUCGCUAUUUGAUAUAACGAUCAAUAAGUGUGAUAGAUCUCUGUUUUAUUUAUUGUCAAGUGGCCUACAAGAAAUAUAUCUUACAACUAAA